CCUCGACGUCAAGUUUUCUUUAAUUUCAAGUGCAAUUAAAAUUUUCGUGAAAAUUGCGGUAAAAUCCCAGCGAGUUUUCCGCUCUUGAAGCUCUUCUUCUAGUAAAGUAAUAAAGUGCUAUGUUGGCAACAGUGCUCGCAAUUCAUGGGUGGUGGCUUGAUCCUCGGUUACCGGAGAAACGGUAACGCUGUUCUUUCCAGUUCCCAGCAGUUGUCGGAUGACCGGCUCGCGGAAUUUAUCGUUUGUCGGCGGCUGCUCGCGUUCGUAUCAAUGUGUUUAUCGUGAAAUGUGUGUUAAAUUUGCAAAAAAAAUGCUCGAUUUUGGGUAAACUACUUCGCGAUUACUUUGAAUAAGCUCUUAUAAUGUGAAGUGUGUUCGCGAAUUUGGAAGUUUUCUCGCUUCAAAAUGAACUGAUUCGCAAUUCGCAUUUGCGGGCGGUAUUUCUUUCGGGUUCCAGUCUCGUGUGUCUAUUGUUACUGUGCGAUUUUUCGGAGUGUUUAGUGUGCAUUAUCGAUUUUGUAAUCUAAUUUAGAUUUUUAGUGGUUUGUCUGUCUUUGGAAUCGAGCUGCAUUACGCAAUAAUCAUGGGUGCGGUAGGAGUACCUGAUAUGACUGUGAUAUCGGAUAUCGACGAGGAAGGAAUUAAUAAGAAUUUACAAGCUCGAUAUUCCAAAGAUUUAAUUUAUACAUACACUGGUACUAUUCUAGUUGCAGUUAAUCCAUACAAGGAGCUCGGUAUCUAUACGACGGAGCAUGUUUUCCAAUACCAUGGCAAAAAAAUGGGCAUGUUGGAGCCUCACGUUUUUGCCUUAGCCGAAGCUGCUUACACCAGUUUACAAACAUUGGAUUCCAAUCAAUCUUGCGUGAUUUCUGGAGAAAGUGGCGCCGGAAAAACCGAAACUACCAAGUUUAUUUUACAGUAUUUAUGCACUGUCACUAGCGACGUCAGUACGUGGGUCGAACAACAAAUUCUCGAAGCUAAUACCAUCUUAGAAGCGUUUGGUAACGCUAAAACUGUUCGUAAUGAUAAUUCAAGCAGAUUUGGCAAAUUUAUGCAAGUCUGUUUUAAUAAUAAAUGGAUGAUUAGAGGGUGUAUUAUACAAGACUACCUAUUAGAACAAUCUAGAAUUACUUUCCAAAGCGCAGGCGAACGAAAUUACCACGUUUUUUAUCAAUUAGUAGAAGGAGCCAAGUCGAAUAAAGAAUUAGUCGAGCAAUAUAGAUUAAAACCUGCCGAAUUUUUCAACUACUUGAACCAAUCCGGAUGUAUUCGUAUUGAAGGAGUCAACGAUGCUAGGAAAUUUGAUGCUUUAAGAUUAGCCUUCAGCGUGUUACGGAUACCGCUAAAUAUGUGCGACGGUAUUUUCUGCGUUCUAUCCGCCAUCUUGUGGCUGGGAAACACCAAGUUUCAGGACAUAGACGGCGAAAAAUGUCAACUAGCCGAAUCAGACAAAGAAACUCUUUCAACAGUCGCCUUUUUAUUGGGAUUACAGCUCGAAGACGUUAUUCAAGUAACACUAAAACGACAAAUAAACGUCCGAGGAAACAUCACAGAGAUCCCUUUGAAACUCCAAGAGGCUGAAGAGAACCGCCAUGCUAUGGCCAAAGCUUUGUAUUCGAGAACCUUCGCAUGGCUCGUUAACCACAUUAAUAUUUGCACGAAUCCGGGACAAGAUUCGACCCGGUUUCUGGGAGUUUUAGAUAUUUUUGGAUUUGAAAACUUCGCUGUAAAUUCCUUCGAGCAGUUGUGCAUUAAUUAUACGAACGAAAAGUUACACAAGUUCUUUAAUCAUUACGUGUUUGCCUUGGAACAAGACAUUUAUCAACAAGAAGAAAUCCAAUUCUCACAUAUUCAGUUUACCGAUAACACAUCUUGUCUCGAAUUGAUCGAAAAACCACCUAGAUGCAUUCUCAAGUUGUUAACGGAACAAUGCCAUAUGCCCAAAGGAUCAGAUACCGCCUAUCUAAAUAACCUCCAUUCGGAAUUUGAAUCACAUAGUCAUUACAUUAAAGGAGAAGAUCGACGGAAAUGGGAACUGGAAUUUGGAAUCAAACAUUACGCUGGUGUGGUCACUUACACGGUGGCGGGAUUCGUCGAUAAGAAUAGGGAUGUACAACAAGAUGUAUUUUUCGACUUCAUGAGUAGAUCAUCGAAUGCUUUUGUUCAAGAGUUGACCAAUUACCAGGAUCUACUUGGGACAACAGUAGCUAGGAUGGGUAAUGUAGGAUGUACCACAGUCUCCAGAGGUACUGGUAAAGGCAAACCUACCGUUAGUGAUACUUUCAGACAUCAGCUGCAAGCUUUAGUUGAUGUUUUGCAAGCUACCAAUCCUUGGUAUGUUCGUUGUAUCAAACCAAACAUGCGCAAAGCUUCUAAUGAUUAUAACGAAAAGCUAGUCUUAGACCAACUGAAGUAUUUAGGGAUGUUGGAAAUAAUUCGUAUUCGCAAAGAAGGAUAUCCUAUUCAUUUACCAUUUAGAGAUUUCCUCAGCAGAUAUAGAUGCGUUACGAAGAAAAAAUUGCUCAAUUCUGAACGUGAUUCUGUUCAGAUGAUCAUGCGAGUAUUGAUGCUCGAUACCAAAGAAUGGCAAAUAGGAAAAACCAAAGUAUUUUUACGCCAUAAAGCCUACGAGCCGAUAGAAGAGUUGAGAUCUAAAAUAUUGAAUGGCAAAUCCUUGAUUAUCCAGAGGAAUUGGAAGCGAUAUGUUACCAGAAAAGAAUAUUUGCGAAUCCGAAACGCCGCGAUUAGAAUUCAAAAUGCAUACCGAGGUUGGAAAAUAAGAAUAGAAUUUUUACGUAGAAGACGUGCCGCCAUCGUGAUACAGUCCUGUUUGCGUGGAAUGUUCGCCAGAGAGGUCGCUACGGCAUUACGUGAAAUGCGUCGAGUCGAAGAGGAAAUGCGUAAACGUGAGAGAAUGGAAGAAGAGAAAAGAAAAGCCGCCGAGGAAGAACAAGCCAGCAAGGAAGCACAAGCCAGCAAGGAAGCGGAAUUAGUUAAAGAAGAGGAGGAAAUUAUCGCUUUGGCUGAACAAUUGAAUUCUCGUUUGGAGAAAACCCACGACUCGGUCGAUUUAGAUAAUUUAUUUGCGUUCUUGACCGAUGUGCAAGCUGGUCGUAAUCAUAUUAUUGAUCAUAUUGGAGAAAAAAUGAAGGAAUUAGUUACCGAUAUAGAUAUGGAGUUGGAGAAUGUGCUGCAACAAGAAAUCGAAACCAUCAACUCGCAACAAGAAAACUCGAGAUUAUCACCUCCAACCACCUUGGAUCUGUCGCCCAAGAAUACCAAUAAUACCAAAUCCGCCAAAGGGCCUACUUUGCCCGAGCCAAAUUGUCCUCCUCCUCCUCCACCACCUGGAAAUAAAACUUCAAAUGAACCUAUUUACGAAGCAGUGUUACCAAGAGACGAAGGUACUUCACCUCCACCGUUACCAGCACCACCACAUAAACUGCGACCCAAAAGUCCUGGCUUGGAGAGAAUCCAAAAAUCAGAAAAAGCAUCUCCUGUUUUGAAUGGAUCGCCGAGGCAGAGCAGACCCAGCUCGAGAGGAUCUAAUGCAUCUGCUAAUGCUCAACCUGCACCUUGGAGAUAUAAUGAACAAUUGGAAGAAUUCGAAAAGGAGCAGAGGAGAAGGUUGCGGGUUGAAAAGAAAUUGCAAGAGUUAGUUGUAGAAAAACAAGAGAGAAUUGUCGAAAAUUCCGAAGAACUACAUCACGAUAUUGUCGAAUUCGCUCAAAAUUAUUUCAAUACUCAUGAAAAAUGUUUAGAUGGUACCAUAAUGGCAACCCUCACUCGCAAAAGGAAAUCAGUAGAUUUCAUACCUAAAUACGAAAUGAUCACUUAUUGUAAAACUACCUCAAUUCCUACCUCUCAUGUACAUAUGUACGAUCCUGACAACAUCACCAUUGCUUGCAAUAUAUUUAGAGACUUGUGUAAAUACAUGAAAGGUGAAAUAAAAACCGAAUCAGAACAUCAAAUCAUCCAAACCAUAAUUGGGUUUGGAAUCGAACGAGAAGAACUCAGAGAUGAGAUCUACGUCCAAUGUAUGAGACAAGCUACCAAUAAUCCUAGUCUCGAAGCUACCGAAAAAGUCUGGCUUCUUUUGUGUUUAGCAGUGGUUGCUUUCCAACCAUCAAAAUUAUUAUUUAAAUACUUUAUAUCAUUUUUGAAGAAAAACAUACAAUGUGACGGUAAACUCAGACAGUAUGUACAAUGGUGUCUAGAUAAUUGUAAAAAUACCAAAGUGUCUUGUAGAAAAUUCCCACCAUCGACUGUUGAAAUUGCGGCAAUGCGACGCUUAGGAACCAUUGUAUGCAGAUUCUUUUUCCUCGAUGGUCGAACCAAAGCUAUCGAUAUACAUCCUACCGACACAGCCAGUGAUGCUGCAUCCAAAUUAGCUGAUAAAUUAGGUUUGCAGAAUUUGGAUGGAUGGGCUAUUUACCAAAGUAAAGCUGAAGGAGAAGAACAUGUCAGAGGACACGAUUAUCUGUACGAUGUCAUUGCUGCUUGGGAAAUGAAACAGAACAAACAAUUGCAGAACUCUUUUUCAAUGCUACAUCGUCGAAGUAGCUCAGCAACUUUAACGAAUGGAGAGAAUAAAUUCAUAUUUAAGAAAAGAUUAUUCAGAAAUUCAAGAGAAAUUUGUCAAGAUCCCGUUGAGAUCAGUUUACUUUAUGCUCAAGCUGUAUAUAGCGUUGUAAAAUGCGACGAUUUCCCAAUCAAUGAAAAAGUUGCUGUACAAUUGGCGGGUCUUCAAGCUCAAGUAUCUUUAGCGGAUCCGAAAGAUAACAGACUGGAUUAUUACACCGAUAUUGAUACAUAUUUACCAUAUAGAAUAAGUAGAAGCAGAGGAGAUGAUAUAUGGGUAUCGAUCAUUGCACAAGCGCAUAAACAAUAUGGUGCUGGAAAAUCCGAACUAAUUGCAAAGAUUUUAUACCUAACUUGUGUCAUGCAGUAUAAAUUAUACGGAUCGACUAUUUUCCAAGUUACUUAUCGAGGAUACUGGUCCUAUGGAAAUACUCUGUUUCUGGGAGUAAACUGCGAUGGACUGAUAUUAAUUAAACCUGAAGAUAAACUCGUCCUAUAUGAAUUUCAAUAUCCUGAAAUCGAAUCCAUAUUUUUAGACCCUAGUGACAGUUUCCUUACUAUUAACCUAAUACGUCACCAUAAUGAUAACGGGACUCAAAAAUGUUUCGUUUUCGAGACACCCCAAAAGACAGAAAUUGGAUCACUGAUCGUCAGUUAUUACCCUGCAUUGGCUAGUUGGAUCACUGAAAAUGAAAUAGCGACUAAAAUUGUGACUGGUGAAGAUAGAGCUAGACUUUAUCGCACCUUAAUGGAAUGUAGACGAACACUGAUCGAUAGUGGAAUUCUCAAUAAACCUCAAGAAGGUGCUGGUAAAUUCUUGAAGAACACUUUAAGAAGAUUUAGUAAAAACAGAUUGGAAAAAUUAUGGAACGAAAACGGUUUUGCUGAAUUCAGCGAAACAUAUCACGGAUUCGCAUUUUCCUAUUGGGCUUUUACUAGGCAACCCCUUCAACAAAGCAUAUGCAAGUUGCAAGAAGCCGAUGACGCAUUAGCUGUACAAAUCUUCACUAUUCUUCUGACUUACGCUGGAUUAUGCCAGAAUGGAGAAGUAGCUCGUCGAACCGAAGAAGAGCAUAUUUCCCUCAUACAAAGUAUUAUGGAGAAAGCCAUGCGAAAAGACGCCCUUCUAUGUGAACUAUACAUGCAACUUAUCAAACAAACCACCGAACAUCCUGAUCCUAAUUCUCGAGUGAAUCUACGCCACUGGGCAGUUUUAUCUCUAGUCUGUUCUGUGGCCUUACCUCCGCAUAAAAAUAUACGUAAAUAUUUACUGGCUCAUUUACGUAAAUGUGCCAGCGAUUAUUUAACCGAAGAAGGAAAAUACGCCAGAUUUGCCGAAAAAUGUGUUUAUAAAAUGCAAGGCACUAGGAAAAGGCAAUGGCCUCCUUCGCGAGAAGAAAUUAUGUGCACGAUUAAUAGACGACUGAUAUAUGCCAGGUUCCAUUUCAUGGAUGGUCAAUAUCAUGCUAUUGAAUUCCACCCUUCUGCUUCGGCUGAAGAUGUUGUACAAAUUAUUAAAAAUAAAAUUGGUCUCAGAGAAUCUGCUAUGGGUUAUGCUAUUUACGAAGUACUUGGCAACUCCGAACGUAGUCUUUUAUCCGAUGAAAAAGUAGCCGAUGUCAUGUCCAAAUGGGAACAUUACCGAAAUGCCAACUCAGUCAGUACAAAUGGCACGAUGGGUAAACCGGCUCGAAAACAAAGCCAUCUGUUCCUAUUCAAAAAACAUUUGUUCCUUGACCAAUACAUGGAUCUGGAUGAUCCUGUGGAGAAAGAAUUACUCUAUCAUCAAGUCCUACAUGGAUUACGUUCCGAUAGAUUCCCAGUUACUGAAAACGAAGCCAUUAUGUUGACUGCGUUACAAGCCCAAGUAGAGUUGGGUGACUUUGUCGAAGACAAAGAAGACUAUAGAGCAGUAGCUGGACACUGUUUACCAGCCAGAUUGGCAGCCAAUAUUUUACCAGAAGCUGUAGCAAUGCAUCAGCAAAGUUUAAGAGGCAUGUCAGCUCCGGAAGCUAAAAAAGCCUUCUUGAAUCUGAUCAGAAGCUGGCCCCUUCAUCGAGCGACUAUUUUCGAUGUCAUGCAAUCUUUCACGUCAAACUGGCCUAAAGUCUUGUGGCUGGCAGUGGAUCAAGUAGGAUUACACCUACUUGAGCAUCGUUCCAGGAACGCGUUGUGUAGCUACGAAUACGAUAGCAUUUUGAGCUACAGUCCUGCUGUUAAUUGCCUCAUGAUAAUCACUGGAAGCGAGAAAAAACAAAGCAAAGUCAUUUUAACAACGUCACAGGCAUUUCAAAUUGCCAAUUUAGUCAAAGAGUACACCGAAGUGUUGCAAAAUGUGCCCAAAGAAGUGAAAAAGAGGGAACCUAAAAGAAAUGGAUCUGCUAGACCUGUCAGCAUCCUACAUAAACCAGUCCCCGUCAUCGAUGCUAGUUCUUAAAUCAUCACUUCAUCGUUAGUAUUUAUUUUAAAGGAGAUAUUGAUAAUAUCUGCUCCUUUUCUGAUAUUCCUAUUACCUAUACCUAUUACAUCACGUUGGACAUCUAAUUUUCUAUCCUGGUUUAUAUUUUAAUGGUACGUACAAAGAAAACCCUACAUUUUGAUCUCUUCCUUCACGUCCUAUCUUCCAUUUUCUUCCUUAUUCCGUCUGCAUUUUACCAAAGUGACAUUUAAUCAAUCUUAUCGUUAUCAUAGACUGGCAUUUACAUUAUGUCUUCCUCGAAGGGUUAUGAUUUAUAAGAUGUAUUAUAACUUAAAAGAAGUUAUACGUAGCCCUAUAAUGGGUCGAAUUUGAAUGAAGCAAAUUUAAUUUCUAACUGAUCUGGAGAAAUCGUAUUAUUGAAAAAGUCUUCCUAUUUGAACAUCGUUUUCGAUGAUAUUCCGCACCCCAAUCAUACGUGGGUUUGAUUACCUAAAUUAAACAAUUCACGAAUUCGUAUUCUCGAAACGUCAACGGUUGUUACAAUUUCCUUCGGAGGUCCCCAUUUUAUUUCCUUGAUGGAAUUAAUUUUUUAAAAAAAGGAGGGGAUACAUUUGUGCUAAAAUGGAAAUUACCUAGUAUUAUUUUUAUACCUAUACCUACUUAUAACGUACAACUAAAUGACAAAUGAACAAAAAAAAAACGAGGAACAAGUUUCCGAUUUUUUCGCAUUUCGACGUAUAAGGUCGACUAUCGAAGCUUUAAUUUAUACUUUACCAAUUUUUUAAUAUUUAUUUUUACAUUAUAGUUUUAUACGUAUUUACAUUUACAAGUGUAAUUUGUUACUCGAUUUGUAUAUAUGGGGUUAUUAAUUUUUUAAUUAUGCGUACGCUUUUGCAUAAUACUCGUCAUUCAUUUUGGAUUUGUGUUUUUGCAAAAAUGGUAUCUAGUCGAAAAAAAAUGUUAUCAUCUAAGGUAUUUAGCAUUUUUCAUUAUUUUCAUUAUGCUUUCCAAGUUGAUAAUUGUUACUGUUCGCUACAUUGAAUAAAAAUUUGAGCCAGUU